CAUAUAGAUACAAUUAGGGAUUAUGGCUGGAGAGUGACACUGAUUUCUAUUGGCUGGUUCUACUGCAUGACGUGUAACCGCCUCAUCCCUCCCGUUACAUUCAUACGAUUGGUGACUCCUAAAGCUUGUGUUUCAUUGGCUGCAAUUGAACUUAACCAAUCAGAGAAGAGAAGGACUCACACAGCCGCCUAUAUGAACCAAGCUGCCCGCUACAAAGUAUCGUUUAGUAUCGAGUUGUUUUGCUGAGCGGAAGCUUUUGAAUCAUGUCAGGAAGAGGCAAACAAGGCGGGAAGACCCGGGCAAAGGCCAAGACUCGCUCAUCUCGGGCUGGGCUGCAGUUCCCAGUCGGCCGUGUUCACCGGCUGCUGAGGAAAGGCAAUUAUGCUGAGCGGGUGGGAGCCGGAGCUCCAGUCUAUCUUGCCGCAGUGCUGGAGUAUCUGACCGCUGAGAUCCUGGAGUUGGCCGGGAACGCUGCCCGGGAUAACAAGAAGACCCGUAUCAUCCCCAGGCACCUGCAGCUCGCUGUGCGCAACGAUGAGGAGCUGAACAAACUGCUCGGAGGGGUGACUAUCGCUCAGGGCGGUGUCCUGCCCAACAUCCAGUCCGUGCUGCUCCCUAAGAAAACCGAGAGCACCAAAGCGGCCAAGAGCAAGUGAGCCCAGGAAUGAGAGUGCCCUGACCCCAACCCAAAGGCUCUUUUCAGAGCCCC